AAUAAUUUAAUUUGAAAGUUUAUGAAUUACCUCUAAAUAUCAUUAUGAAGGGGUUCUUCGCAAAAAGCAAAUUUUCCUGUAAAUCUAAGUACAUCACCAGACAUAAAAUCUGAAAUCUACUUUGGAACUGAAGGAUUUUUUGGAAAAAAAGCAAUUACUUUUAGGUUCAUUGUUGUAUUACUAUCUUCUUUUCUCACAACUAACAAUAGCUUCUUUCACAAUAAAAUUAUUACUAUCACGUUCAACAACUGAGUGAAUUACACAGAUAAAGGUGAGCUUUGCUGGCAUAGUAUUUAUCAUUAUUAUUUUUAAUUAUUAUUAUAAUUAAAAAAAAAUGAAAAUUUAUUUUUUUUUUAUGUCACACCUAGAAGAGUAUUACACCAAUUGGAUAAAGGAAUUAUUGGAUGUCAGGAAAAUCCAUUAUGAUCCUCAUGACCUCAAGAUUCUUCCAAAGACUAUCGGCUUUGGAGGAUCUGCUUCUGUUUAUGCUGCAAAAUGGAAGGAUACAUCAACAAUAUAUGCGAUUAAAAAAUUUGUCGAGAAUAAAGAGGUUUAUUUAACGGAUUUGGCUAAUUCUCAUGAAAAUAUAAUUCAAUUUCGUGGAAUUACGAAAUUAGAAGAUGGAAAAAAAUACUCGCUUGUCCUUGAAUAUGCAGACGGUGGAACACUAAGAAGUUAUUUAAGGAACAACACUAUUACUUUUAAUUGGGAGAACCAAUUAAAGUUUGCUAAAGAAAUUGCGAGUGCGAUUUUAUGGUUACACGAUGUUAAGGAAAUCAUACACGGCGAUCUUCACCCCAACAAUAUCUUAAUACAUAAAGAUACGAUAAAAUUAGCAGAUUUUGGACGUUCAUGUAUAAAAGGAUCCGACAUUAACACUGGAACAUAUGGCCUAAUACCUUACAUGGAUCCUAAAUUUUUUGAGACUAAUUCAUAUCGUCUAACCGAAAAAUCUGAUAUAUACAGCUUGGGAGUAUUAUAUUGGGAGUUAACAAGUCGAAAAUCACCUUUCGAUUUUGAAAAAAAAUCAAGUGACGAUCAUCUUUCUAUUAUAACAAAUAUUCUUAAGCUUCUAAGAGAAGAACCUAUUGAGGAUACAAAUGAUAAAUUCGUCGUACUUUAUAAAAAAUGUUGGGAACAUGAGCCAGAUAAUAGACCGAAUAUUCUUAAAGUGAUUUCAGAACUUAAUUGUAUUGACCCUGAAAACAAUAAUGUAUCAAUUAUCCCAGAAGAAAGCGAAGAAAGUGAAAAAACAGCGAAUGUAUAUUCUUGUCAGAUUGCGAUUAAAUAA